AUGAUUCCCAGACGGCUUCCCACCAAUAUUUAUAGGAGAUUCUCCGUCGCAAAUAUUCUUCUGAAAAAUUCACCUAAAUUUGAUGAUGCAGAGCUGCUGGCAGGGAAACUAACAACUGACCUGUAUAAAGCCAAGAGAUCGAAGGAAGAUUUUCAAUGGUCCCCGAAGUCCAAUGUAGAAGCGGAAAAAGAGUACGCUGAGCGUAUGGAAAAAUUCAUGAAGCUUUCAGCUGCUUUCCAAGGCUUACUCAUAGUUGUUGGGCUUGGUGUAGCGAGCACGGUUUAUAUGAAAUGGCCACAGAUCAAGGGUUGGUGGCUAGCAAAAGAUUUCAGGCUUGAUGAUGAUGCUAUCGAACAGCUCAAAAAGCACAAGCAUAAAAAGGCUUUGCUAGAGAUACCUUAUAUCCCUGAAGAUCAAAAGCCAAGCUCUGUCCCAAGCCUUUACUACUGGGGAGCGGAUGGUAGAGGCAAUUCCAUAAAAUUCCCUACAAGGGUUCCAUGGUUCAACGAUCAAUAUCUGAGGGAUGUGGCAUUAUCAGAAGUGUCCCCGAACUUAGCAAUCGAUGCAAAAGGUAAUUUACUGGCCUGGGAUCGAAAAAGUUGCGACAUGCUACUUCCAGGGCAAGAUCUGGUUCAAGUAAAGAUUUCAAAUGAUGUUGCAUAUGCCUUAAAUAAACGAGGACAGAUUCUAGUUAUUCCACUUAAAGAUAAAUUUGAAAGAAAACGUAAUACGCAAUGGAGAAGAUCAUGGCUGAUGCCGUGGAAAAAGCAUUGUCAUUACAGGUGGAAAUUAAGCACGUCCCCUUGCUUCAGAGAGAAGGGGGAAAAAAUGAUUACACAGUAUUGCGUUGGUAAAGAACAUUUGAUUGUUCUUUCUAACGUAGGAAAAGCGUAUGUAUGCGCAACUGGGGUGGAACCUGCUUGUGAUGCGAAAUCUAGGGGCCAAUUUGGCGUGCCAACAUUGUCUCAAUUUGAUCAAUUUCCAGAUUGCAAUGAGCUUUACGAAAUUGAACUUUUGAACAACGCUGUGGGACAAAAUAAAAUAAAUCAAAGAAAAAUUGUACAAAUCGCAUGCGGAGACCAUCACACGUUAGCUCGAGAUUCUAUUGGGGAAUUAUACUCCUUCGGUUUGAACACCAAUGGACAGUUAGGACAACCUAUAUCAUAUGAUAUGGAAACUGUGGCAUUCCCCAAAAAAGUGGGCAACUUUAGCGCCCAUUUCCCAAGAGACACUUUCUUGAAAUGCGCUGAUAUUCAUUGUAGUGGAAACACCUCUUAUGUGAGCGUUGUUCCACAAGAUAUGCGCGCAUACUUCAAAAACCAAGGAAAGGUGGCGGAUGAGGACUCCGCUAAGAUAACUUACUUCUCUUUCGGUAUUGGGAUUCACGGAGAAUUGGGAAACGGGCACUUCAAGCACUCUCAAUCUGAGCCUACCAAGGUGAAGAUUCUCAAUGACACUAAGGACAGCAAAUUUGGUGGUAGAGUAAAAGAGUGGGCUUGCGGAGAAAAUCAUGUUUUAUGUAAACUCGAAAACGGCAAUGUUGUUGCGUGGGGUUCUAAUGAUAAGGGCCAGUUGGGCAAUGGAAAAAGGAUCAAAUCUUGCAAGCCUUUCAACAUUCCAAAGUUGUUAGAGCCUGGUAUUAGAUAUAGUAAGGAUCCUGAAAAUUUAAUAUAUGGAUCUGAGAAUUUCAUGAAGUUAAGUGACGAGCAGAGCAUAACCGCUGGGGGAAAUUCAUCCUGUAUAUUCUGGAAGGCAAAAUGA